AGUCCGCAAUUAAAUUAUUGUAAAUAAAAACAUUUUUGCAUUUAUUAAGUAGUGUUUAACAGUUAACCGGUGUAACCUAACCUAAUUUUUUUAUUUGUCAUCGAUUUGUAACUCAAUUUUUUCAUAAAAAGUAGUGCUUUAUUAAAAAUGAAAGUUGCGGCAGGUUUUGUGAUUUAUAAAAGGGCUUGUGACAAUGUUUUAUAUCUUUUAUUGCAAACUUCUUACGGUGAACACCAUUGGACCCCCCCUAAAGGACACGUGGACCCUGGUGAAACCGAGAUGGUGACUGCCCUUCGAGAAACGGUAGAGGAGUCUGGUUUGAAGAAAGAAGAUUUGAAAAUUUUCGAAGAUGUGAAGAAAGUUUUGAAUUACAACGUGCAGGGGAAACCCAAAAAAGUGACCUAUUGGCUUGCCGAACUCGUGAACCCCAAAGCUGAGGUGAAAUUAUCACACGAGCAUCAAGAUUUCAAAUGGCUGAAACUCGACGAGGCUUGCACUUAUGCAAAGUACGCCGACCUUCAGGAGUCCCUCAAGUUUUUUGAUGAUUAUAUACGUUCAAACAAAUCAAACUAAUUAUUGUUGUAUAAAUAGAAAAUAAAAAAAUAGAA